AUGGAGGAAGCAGUACUGAAGAUGGUGAAAAGCAAUGGACAAGUUGUUCAUGCUGCGAAAUACUGUGUUACAGGUGCCACAGGGUAUAUUGGUUCAUGGCUGGUGGAGGCUCUUCUUCAAAGAGGCUGCACCGUUCAUGCCACUGUCAGAGAUCCUGCAAAGGCAUUGCACCUCCUGUCAUUGUGGAAGGGUGGUGACCAAUUGAGAUUUUUCCAAGCGGAUUUGAAAGAAGAAGGAAGCUUCGAUGAGGCUGUAAAAGGAUGUGUUGGUGUGUUCCAUGUUGCUACUUCAAUGGAAUUCAAUGUUAGUGAGAAAGAAAACACUGAGGCCUUUGUUCAAGCAAAUAUAAUUGAACCCACAAUCAAAGGAACCGUAAACCUUCUCAAGUCCUGCUUGAAAUCCAAUUCAGUGAAAAGGGUUGUUUUCACAUCUUCUUUAAGUACCAUUACUGCCAAAGAAAGCAAUGGGAAAUGGAAAACUAGUGUUGACGAAUCUUGCCAAAUGCAAAAUGACAAUGUGUGGAAUACACAAGCAAGUGGAUGGGUUUAUGCACUCUCAAAGCUUCUCACAGAAGAAGCGGCAUUUAACUUUGCAAAAAAGAAUGGCAUUGAUCUUGUGUCAAUCAUAACAAGCACUGUUGCAGGCCCAUUCUUCACUGCUAAUGUGCCAUCAAGUGUUAAAGUUCUACUGUCACCGUUAACAGGUGGAACUGAGUACUUCAAGAUAUUAUCUGCUUUAAAUGCACGAAUGGGGUCAAUUUCUUUAGUUCACAUUGAAGAUAUUUGCAGUGCUCACAUAUUCCUAAUGGAGCAUGCUAAAGCAGAAGGUCGAUACUUAUGCAGUAGUCAAAGUUGUACAUUUUCUAACAUGGCUACUCUUCUUUCCAAACAGUAUUCUGGUUCAAAUAUGCAAAGGAAGGCUCAGAAAAAUUAUGACAAAGUUCCUUCUGAUAUUUCAUCAAAAAAGCUAAAGGAUUUGGGUUUUAGUUACAAGCAUGGCCUUGAAGAUAUAAUUUAUGAAACAAUCAUGUGUUGCCUAGAUUAUGGUUAUUUGCCUCCUGUUUAG